ACAGAUCGACCGAGUCCAAAUAAUAGACAAAUGAUUCUUUGUAUAGGUUGAGUGUUCUCAAAUGGCUGACACUGCAAAGGAGAUUGUUAAGUCGAAUGGACUUUCAGAUGUUAUAACUGUUUUGAAAGGGAAGAUUGAGGAAAUCGAACUUCCAGUUCCUAAAGUGGAUGUGAUUAUCUCUGAGUGGAUGGGUUUCUUUUUGUUGUAUGAAAAUAUGCUCGACACCGUCUUGUAUGCUCGCAAUAAAUGGCUUGUUGAUGGUGGAAUUGUUCUACCAGAUAAAGCUUCUCUGUAUCUUACAGCCAUUGAGGAUGCUCAUUAUAAAGAAGACAAAGUAGACUUUUGGGAAGACGUGUAUGGGUUUGACAUGUCAUGCAUCAAGAGAAGAGCAAUUACGGAACCACUUGUUGACACGGUGGAUGGAAACCAAAUCGUGACUGAUAGCAAGCUGCUGAAGACCAUGGAUAUCUCUAAGAUGGCUUCUGGAGAUGCUUCCUUCACAGCUCCAUUUAAACUCGUCGCACAACGAAAUGACCAUAUCCAUGCCCUUGUAGCCUACUUUGAUGUAGCAUUCACCAUGUGCCACAAGAAGAUGGGUUUCUCAACAGGACCAAAAUCUCGGGCGACACACUGGAAACAAACAGUGCUGUACCUGGAAGAUGUGUUAACCAUAUGCGAGGGUGAAACAAUCACAGGAAGCAUGACAAUUGCACAAAACAAAAAGAAUCCCAGAGACGUUGACAUAAAGCUCAAUUAUUCUUUGAAUGGCCAACAUUGCAAGAUCUCAAGGACCCACUCCUACAAAAUGCGCUAAAAGCUCUCGGAUGAAAAGGAAAUCCCCAUCAUCUAGAAGCUGAGAGAUGGACAUUACUCAUUUUGUAAUUCUAUUGUUUCCAUUAUCUUAUGACGUUUCAGAACAAAAUGAAUCAGAAAUUUCUUCCCUUGGAAUUUUAUAAACAUUGAACAAAGACAACAAACUAUUAAAGCUAGUUUUCUAUCGUUUACC